CAUCCAAGAUGGCGGUAAAAUUAAGUCAAAUCUGAAAAAAAAUUCUGAAAAUGGUUUGAAAAUGGAAAAUCCCCAUGGGUUGGCCAAAUUUAAAAAUCAGUGAAACAACCAGACGUCGACUUGCAAAGAUAGCUGCUGGUCUCAACGUUGCUGGCAUAUUAAUGUGUUUGAUUGUUAUGAUUACUGGCGCUUAUAUAUUUGCAGCCAUUCAAAGUAAGACGCACUUGAUUGAAGAUUUUGAUCCUAAUUCGCUGCCAAUAUUUCUGAUUAUUGUUUCGUUUGUUGGAAUGUUUACAAGUGCUUGUGGAAUCAAAAUUUGCUGGAGCAAUCAUAAACCCAAAAAUCGCGCAAAUUUGAAUCUAUUCUUGUUUAUAUAUAUAAUUAUGGUGGCAGUCUUAUUUUUGUGUGUUUUUGUAUCCGCUAUAAUAUGCUUUGUUGCUAUUGGACUUCUAGAAAAGGGAUUCUCUACUGGUAUUUCAUCGUCAAUGAAAAAAUAUAAAGAUAUCCAAAGUAAGAAAGCAGAGAUUGACCAGCUUCAAAUUGAGUACAGAUGUUGCGGUGAUAAAGCAUAUACAGACUGGUUCAAAGUCACUUGGAUAGACGAAAAAUACCUGAGUUCAACUAAGAAGAAGAAUAUUGAACGGACUGGAGACAGUUAUUUGAAUGACGAUGUUCCAUUCAGCUGCUGUAAUCCAAUAAGGGAUAGACCAUGUGUCCAUCAUCAUGUCCAUGACGAUGACAUGCAUUUCAACUAUGACUUUAAGACUAAGCUUUCCCUCUUCAAGAUUGGAUGUACAACUGCUUUGAUGAACUUCUAUGGUAAAAAGGUUCUCAGUAAUAUCGGUUGUGUCAUCGUGGUGGUAUCGAUUUUAGAGUUUGCCAUUUUGCUUAUAUCCAGAAUUCUACAGACGUCUAUAGCAACAGCAAUAAAAGCCGAUGACAUAGAAGGAAUUUCGAAUGGGUACCUGUUUCCUUUUGGUAAGGACUUAGGAGACGAUUCUACAGGAUUAAAGAACCAGGAAGAUACAGACAAAGAACCAUUACUCCAGACUAAAGUAAUUAAUAUAAACGACCCUGGCGAUUCUUUCUUUGACGAUUCUUCUUUUGAAAAUCAGUACGUUGAUGACCCAACCCAGCCUCUUAUAGGUGAUCAAGUCAAAGUAAACCACACAAUGCAGCCACGUACCGAGGGCUUAUACAUGAAUAUAGACCCAUCACAGCCUCCUAUCGAGGAUGAAUACGAAAAAUAUCAGCAACAAGCUUUACCUAACACAAAUGAAGAGCCACUAUAUGAUAGUGUAUAUGGAAUACCUACAAUGGAUUCGUUUGGUGUCCCUCCUUCUCCUCCUCCGCCGCCACCACCAGACAAUGGUUUACCUUCAAUGGAUUCGUUUGAUGUCCCUCCUUAUUCUCCUCCUCCACCGCCACCACCACCGCCACCACCACCGCCGCCUCCUUGAAAUCAAUUAAUCAAACAUUCGACAUUAUUUCCGAGGCUGAAGCUUACUCGUUUCCUGUACUGAAAGAAAAAAAAAAUGUCAUGUUCAUGGAUUUUUCCCUUUCUACUUAUUUGUGAUUUUACUGUGAUUAUAUUUAACAUGUUACCAUAUUAAUGCAAAUUGACAUUUCUUAAAUUUCCA